GUUGAUUUAUCCAAACCAGAACCAAAACACUCUUGUUUUGUUUAAUUACUAAUUACCUAAAGCUCUCAAACAGAGAGAUGGGUAGAGCAAACACAAAAAUCCCAAUCAAUCCCCCAAAUUUGAUUAAAAAAGAUAGUUCUGAAUUUGGGUUUGAUUCGAGUUUAUCGGAUAUGGUGUUUGGGUUUCUUGAUCAUGAGUAUGCUGAGAGAAUGCAAGAGAGCAGAAUUAAUAGCCAAGAAAGUAGUGCAUUUCCUGAUGAAGAUGAAGAGAAUGAAAACAAUGGCAGUGCUGAAGAGGACAAGAGUUUCUGGUCCAAUCAGGAGCAGCUUCUACAGGCUACCUUAUGCAGAACAAGCUCUCUUGAAUCAAAAAUUAGAAACGUAACCAAGGAAGCAUUGAAGGAAAUACAAAUGUCAGGGACAAUCUGUGCCUGUGGAAGACCUUUGGUGGGCGGCUGCCGGAAUUGCCUCAUGAAAGAAGUCUCCGGCCGCCUCCAAAAUUCCGAGUUCAAUAGUGCCAUUUGCAGGUCCAAGUGGAGAAGCUCUCCGGAUAUCCCUUCAGGGGAGCAUACAUUUAUAGACGUGAUGGACAAUUCAAGUACUAAGAAAGGGGAAGUAAGGGUGAUCAUUGAAUUAAAUUUCCGGGCUGAAUUUGAGAUGGCGCGAGCAAGCGAAGAUUACAAUCGAUUAGUCCAGCGAUUACCGGAAGUGUUUGUAGGGAAAAUAGAGAGAUUAAGCAAUGUUAUCAAGAUAUUGUGUUUGGGUGCUAAGAAGUGCAUGAAGGAGAAGAAAAUGCACAUGGGGCCAUGGAGAAAACACAGGUACAUGCAAGCUAAGUGGCUUAAAACAUGUGAGCGGAUCACCCCGUCUAAGCAGCAGUUGUCGAUGGGAUAUGGAACUGGUCGAUUACAGAAGCCGAAGGCAUCGAUGUUGACCGUGGAUUUGGUGGAUAUGUUGCCUAAUAUGCAUUGUGCAGCCGUUGCUGUUUUGUGAGUUUGAGUCGCUUGAAUUUUGUUGCUUUUUUUUUUCUUCUGAUUGCUUGUGAUCUUCAAAAAAGGGUUGAGUAUGAACAUAUAAACUGAGAGAGAGAUGUACAUAUUGGGUGAUCAUGAAUAAAUAACAACACGUUCUUGGUUUU